CAGAAAAUCGACGGUAACCAAUAGGAAUCAGUUCUAAAUGCAGCCAUCUCUGCAGUCGCACCAUCAGCGCUGUUUGCUAUAAUGUGUAAAAACUGAAAAGUGUGUCCGCACGUCGAGGUAGCGACGAUGUCUCAUAUCUUCCUCUUUGUCGAUGAUUUUUUCCAAGAAGAAUAAACAUUUUAAAGUACACACUGAUAAUAAUGCGGUGAUACGAUUCAUAACCUUAAAUAUUUUCUACUGACAGUUUACUAUUCCAAUGAUGUAUUGACACAAACAUACUUGAAUCUUUUAGAAGAAAAGCACACACGGUCAAGUCAGUGCAAUGUUAACGUAGUUUUUUCAACAGUGGCAAAGGUGUUAUGAAAGCUUCUCACAGAGAUCGUAUACAAAGCGGAAAGUUGUAAGACACCUUUAGCCAUGGCAAGACUCUUUGGUUACAUAUCCAUAUUGUUCUGGGCCUCCUUGUCCAUGAUCUUUGGCCUUUUUCUCUUUACCAAUGGAUUUUUUCUCCGUCGAAGUGUGAGAACCGAGCAGAGUAACUGUUCUUUUACUCAAAAUGAUUUAAUUAAUUUGGAUGAUCCUCUUUUCGCUGCCACCGAGUGUCUGAAGCCACGUGCACGCGUGAUAUUACUGAUUGUAGAUGCUCUCAAGUAUGAAUUUGUUACCAAAUUUCACGAUGCUGCUUCAGCAUCCACUUUUCACAGAAACAAAAUUCCUAUUAUCAGCGAAACAUUGCAAAGUCAUCCAAAGAAUUCUAAAUUGCUAAAGUUUAUAGCUGAUCCACCUACUACAACGAUGCAAAGAUUGAAAAGCAUAACUACAGGAACAUUGCCUACAUUCAUAGAUGUACAUAAUAAUUUUGCCGCAGACAAUAUUGUAGAAGAUAAUUUCGUUCAGCAGAAUAUAGAUAAUGGAAACAUUUUUAUGGGAGAUGAUACUUGGACCAAACUAUAUCCUAAUAAAUUCUUAAGAGAAUAUGCUGCUCCUUCAUUCGAUGUAUCAGAUCUCGAUACAGUUGAUCUUGAAGUUAAGAAGUGGAUUUUCGAGGAAAUUAAAAAUAAAGAUUGGUCACUUUUAAUAGCACACACCUUAGGUGUAGAUCAUUGCGGUCACAAGCAUGGAAUGCAUCACCCAGAAAUGCUAAGGAAAUUGAAUGAAACUAAUUCUUUUAUACAAGAUCUCAUUGAUAAAAUUAAUGAAGACAAAAAUGACACAAUACUCUUUGUAGUUGGAGAUCAUGGCAUGACUGAGAGUGGUGAUCACGGUGGUGACAGUGCAGAUGAGAUUGAAGCAGCCAUGUUCGUUUACUCAACUUUGCCACUAAUAGAUACAAGCACAAAUUUUGAUAUUGAAAAAAAAUUUAUAGUAAACCAGAUUGAUAUUGUUCCAACUAUAUCGGUUAUUUUAGGGAUUCCAAUACCAUUUUCAAAUAUUGGAAAUUUGAUUAUUGAAGCAUUACCAAGCAAGCCUUUAAAGUCGUAUGAUUUUAAUUUUAUCGCGCAUUCUGUAUGGCGUAAUGUAUUACAAGUCCAGCAUUACAUAGAUACUUAUUCAUCUGAAAAUUUUCUUUCUGAUGAAAAUAAGCUAGAAGAAUUGAAGAGUAUAUAUAAUGAACUUUUUAAGAAGAUAGAGUUUGUUAAAAGUGAUAGUGACUUGAAAGAUUUUAUAAAUAUAGCUGAUAAGUAUUUUACAACAGUGCGAAGAAUUUGUUACGAAGUAUGGGUGCAAUUUGAGCCUAAUUUAAUGUCAAGAGGUCUAGUUUUAUUCUUCUGCUCAAUGUUUGCAUUUUACAUAGUGAUUAGUGGAUUGAUAGGAAAAAGAAUGCAUUCAGUAUUAGAAUCUUCUUUUUUGACUUGUGUAUUCGCUGCAGUCUCAAUAAGUUUGACAUCGAUUUUUGUACUGUAUUGGCUGCAAGUGUUAGAUGACUUUGAAAAUACAUCACUCUUCUUUGGUGGUCUGCUUCCAAUCAUUUGUUUUGCAAUUUUACUAAUUCAAAAUUGGGAUUAUGUUUCAAUGACAUGGUAUGAAGCAUCUCGACAGAAGAAAACUUUAAUAAGUGUUUUUUCAAGACUGAUUUUAUUAGCAACAGUUUUUGGUGUAUUUUCAAACAGUUACAUCAUUGAAGAAAAUAAAAUUUUAUCCUACUUUCUCAUAACACUGUUUUGUUUUCUCAUUUACUCUUUGAAAACUAAGAGUACUACUGAGACUUUAGAUAAAAAAGGGAAAGGUUUGGGAAAGUCAAACAAGAGGAUACUCUACGUUUCUAUGUCACCAUUGCUAGUCUUUGUUAUUUGCUUACUAAUUAGAAGUUCAAACUACUUUUGGAGGUAUAGGGAAGAGCAGAAACAGAAGAAUGAACACGAACAAGAUUAUGUUAGCUUUGUUAUUGGAAAAGCAGGGUCAAUUGUUUCAAAAGACAUGGAAAUGAUUUUUGUUGGUAUUGCCAUUGCAUCACUUGCUCUAUACAUCACAGUAACGAAAAUUUGGCUUCGCGAUUGCGGAAAUUUAUCCGGAUAUUCUCCAAGUGUGAUCUUAGCCAGAUUUACUCCAGGGAUCAUAGUUGUUGCUACUUCAUGCUUUUGGAUCCUGAAAUUGCAACGAAAUUCUAAACUGAAUCCUACUCUUGCACAACGCGUACAUGCAUUGCCAUGGAUUGUUUACAUACUUUUUGCAAACGCUGUAUUCUUAAUAUUUUAUCGUCCAUUAACAGUUUAUUUACUUCCAAAAGAGAGAGACAGUAUAAGCAUUUACCAAGAGGAAACUUCGGUACCAAGGAUUUAUGAAAAAAUAAAAAAUGUUCUAUACAAAAAGAAGAGCGAAGACGAAAAUGAAAUGCCAAUAGUUUUUGGACUGGGAACAGUUUACAGCGCAUGUUUUAUUUUACUCAGCAUGUUUUUAUGCCUAUUAUACAUUUUACUACUUGGAUUUGUAAUAGCUCCAAGUGUAAUUUUGAUGAAUCUAGUAUGCAUAGGAUUAUUGUAUGUUAGUGCUCUGGAUAGAAUUCGCAGUGCUACGAAUUUUGAGGAACUUUUGCAUGUUCCAAAUCCAGCUAUCUUAUGUUGGUUUCUCAUUGCUGAGUAUUUCUUCUAUGCCACUGGUCAUCAACCAAGUUUUUCAACAAUCCACUGGGAUGCUGGAUUUAUAGGAAUUGAUGGUUCAUUACAACUGAACUCAAUUCGAGCAAUACUCAUUGGAAUGAACACAUUUGGUUCGCACAUAAUCCUAGGAAUGGCGCUUCCCCUUCUCAUAUUUGCGCCAUUUACAUUGCGCUUGGUUUUCCCUAAUUUAACAAAAUCUGCAAAGACUCAAUGGGAUGACGUGAAACGAGGUGAACUUGUUUUGUUUCAAAAUGAUACCCCAUUUCAUUCUGAAGUCUUCUCUGUAGCUGGGAAAUACAUUUUAUAUCAUGCAGUUAGAGUGUUUGUAUGCAUGCUUGCUGCUAUGGUGCAUUGUAGGCAUCUCAUGGUCUGGAAGAUUUUUGCUCCAAAACUUAUUUUCGAAGGAAUAAGUUUUAUUGUUACAGUUGGUAGUGUUUUAACGUCGUUAUUGUUAUUGUUGAGAAUUGAGAAACGCAUUGAAAAACUAAUUACUCAAAUUACUUGAAUUGAGCGACGAUGAGUCUGAAAAUCAGGUAAUAAUUAUUAGUGACAUGGACUGUAUUAAAGAUUUCUAAGUCACGGAGGUAGAAGAAUAAACAAAUACAUGCUUUUUAACGUACAAACGCU